CCCGCCCGCGCCGCCCUGCCCCGGGGGGCGGGCCCAGCGCGCAGCCCUUCCUGUCUGCGGCGGUUGUGCGCGGUCGGGGCGCCGAGGGCACCUGCUCGGGGUCGCCAUGAAUAAUCCUAUACCUUCCAAUUUGAAAUCAGAAGCAAAAAAGGCUGCUAAAAUUCUGAGAGAAUUCACGGAAAUAACCUCCAGAAACGGACCUGAUAAGAUCAUUCCUGCCCACGUCAUCGCUAAAGCGAAGGGCCUUGCCAUUUUGUCGGUGAUAAAAGCUGGAUUUCUAGUAACUGCUAGAGGAGGCAGUGGGGUCGUGCUGGCUCGUCUUCCGGACGGAAAAUGGUCUGCGCCUUCAGCCAUUGGGAUAGCUGGGCUCGGUGGAGGCUUCGAAGUGGGAAUUGAGGUAUCAGAUUUGGUAAUAAUUUUGAAUUAUGACAGAGCAGUAGAAGCUUUUGCAAAAGGUGGUAACCUGACCCUUGGAGGGAAUUUUACUGUGGCAGUUGGGCCCCUGGGAAGGAAUUUAGAAGGAAACGUGGCCCUGAGAAGCUCUGCCGCUGUCUUUACGUACUGCAAAUCAAGAGGGCUCUUUGCUGGCGUAUCUUUAGAGGGCAGUUGUUUGAUUGAAAGGAAAGACACUAAUCGGAAGUUUUACUGUCGCGACGUCCGAGCCUACGACCUGCUCUUUGGAGAAGCGCCGCGGCCCGCGCAAGCGGACGAGCUCUAUGAGGUCCUCGACUCCUUCACCGCCAAGUACGAGCGCGACGGACAGCGAGCCAACGCCCGGAGAGCCGCGCGGGAGCGGAGGCGGGCCGCGGCGACAGACGUGCCUCCCGCGCCGACGCCGGGACCGCAGCCGCCCCCCGCACAGGGCCCCGGAAGUAACGGACACAAGUGCAAGCUCUACCCUGAACUUCCCGGCCUUCCGCAGACAGUUGGCUAUCUGGACGAGCCCGUGGAAGUGACGGCGUUGUAUUCUUUCGAGGGACAACAGCCUGGGGACUUGAAUUUUCAAGCCGGAGACAGAAUCACAGUUAUAUCAAAAACAGACUCACAGUUCGAUUGGUGGGAGGGAAAGCUUCGAGGUCAAACUGGUAUUUUUCCAGCCAACUAUGUUGCCAUGAAUUAAAGUUUAUAUUAUUUUCUUCUUUGAGAAUUAUAAAACAUUCAUUUCUCCACGGACAGGAUUUACUCUGCAGUUAGGCAGUGUUUAAGUUUUAAAAUACGGCUCUUCUUCUUAAACUUUUAUCAAAUAUGUAAAAGAUUUUUUCUCUCUCUAUAACUGGUUAACUUACAUACGUUUAAAUACUUCAUACUAAUUUUAUCACACAUCCUAUUUAAUAGUUAAUAUACUCCAAUUCAUAUGGUCACAGUCCUUCUGUGUUCCUUUCAAGCAUCGCUAAGCCCGCAAGUGGCUCUGUAUGUGGUAAUUGCUUAUUCUAAUUGAGGAUCUUAGGGGCAGGCUGUGAAUACCGACUCAUGUAUUUCUAUUUGCAAAGUGCCUAGAGAAGAAGGAAUCUGCUUAAGGAAGGUAUUUAGUAAUCCUAGUUGUAGGUGCAAGCUAGAGUGUGAAUCCUUAAAGAUGAUCUUUAUUUCCUAAAAACCACCUCUGUGUGUGUUGGUGGCAGAGACCUGCUGUUGCGAAUUUCAGCUGCUCUGCAUUGAACAAAGGUGACAUGGACUUUUCUUCUGCAUGAGGUUAUGUUUAUUCAUUUGUAGUAGGAGAAUCAACUUAUGCUGACAUGGCCUAGUUGUGCCUAAAUAAAUGUUCUUUAAAUGAU